AUGUGCCACUUUCAGGUCUCCUCACACACUGCUGGUGUGUUUCCAUUUUUUUGUCAUAGGGUGCUGGCAGAUUACGGGCCUCCCAUAGCUGCUGCCAGGCCCCUAAUCUGCCAUGGGCCCCUGUACCGCCUCCUCAUGCUGCUGCCAGGUCCACAGUGUGUCAUGCCAUAUUACGUGCCUCCCAUUGCUGCUGCCAGGCCCCUAAUCUGCCAUGGGCCCCUGUACCGCCUCCUCAUGCUGCUGCCAGGUCCACAGUGUCUCAUGGGUCCCUGUACGGCCUCCCAUUGCUGCUGUCUCCAUCGCCACACUCCGCCAUGUGCCACUUUCAGGUCU